GGAAGUAAGGAGGAGAAAGAAUGAGCCAGUCAGUUGGUCUUGUGGUGCCUUAGUGAUCACACGUAGCGGCACCUUUGGACGCCGAUGAGGUUUUUAUUGGCCGCUGUCGCCCUCCUGGCCGCCCUCACACAUGCACAUGAGGUGGCCAGGAGGCAGACCACUACCCCGCCCCGACGAGUGGUCUGCUACUACACGAACUGGUCUGUCUACCGGAAAGGUCUAGCCAAAUACACCCCGCAGAAUAUCAACCCUUACCUAUGUACUCACCUGGUCUACGCCUUCGGAGGUCUUACGGAUGAAUUCGAGGUGAAACCCUUCGAUUCCUACCAGGAUAUUGAGCAAGGGGGAUACGCUAAGUUCAACGGGCUCAAGCAGUACAACAAAGGGUUGAAGACUCUCCUGGCCAUCGGAGGCUGGAACGAAGGCUCAGGCAGGUUCAGCGAGCUCGUCUCUCUGCCGGAACUCCGCAAGGCUUUCAUCCUCUCUGCCAUCAAGCAUUUGCGACGCUACAACUUCGAUGGACUGGACCUCGACUGGGAGUACCCCGCUUCAAGAGAUGGAUCAGCUCCCGAGGACAGGGAGAACUACGCCCUGCUUGUCUCCGAGCUCCGCGCAGCUUUCGAGGAUGAGGGUAAAAAGGUGAAGGCGGGCCGUCUGCUGCUGACUAUGGCAGUCCCCGCUGGCCAGAACUACAUUGACAAGGGUUACGAUGUUCCCUCUCUCACCAGGGAUCUCGACUUCAUCAACAUCCUGAAUUACGACUACCACAGCGCCUACGAGCCCUCCGUGAACCAUCACGCGGCCCUCAUGCCCUCGCCCGGCACCUCAGAGUACGCCUGGAACGCCCAGCUCAAUGUGGACUGGACGGUGAAGUACUACAUCGAGCUAGGGGCAGAUGCGGACAAGUUGGUCAUCGGCAUCCCAACCUACGGCCGCUCCUACACCCUCAUCGACGGAAACUUCACCGACUUCGGCUCCUCCGCGGACGGUCCCGGCGAGCAGGGCAAAUACACGCGGGAAAAGGGAUUCAUGGCUUUCUACGAGGUGUGCGAGAACAUCGCUUCUCACGGGUGGUCUGUCAAGAAACCUUUCCCGCGCCGCAUCGGACCCUACGCCUUCUCCGGGAACCAGUGGGUGGGCUACGACGACGAGAAGAUCGUGGCCAGGAAGGCGGAGUACGUCAGGGAGAAUGGUCUGGGAGGAAUCAUGUACUGGAGUCUGGAUAAUGACGAUUUCCGCGGCAUCUGCAACGGUGAGCAGUACCCACUAAUCGAGGCAGGCAAGAAGGCGCUCUUCGGCACUGAGGAAGGCGUGGACGAGGCUCUGAACGAAGCCAGGAACCUGCAGAAGGCCCCCGCACCGGCACAACAAGUACCUGAGCCUCCAACCAAAGAGACCGAAACGAGACGCCGCCGUCCAGUCAGACCUCGGAUCCGUCCCGCUUCCCGCACCACCACCACCACCACCACCACGACCACCACCAGCAGGCCGCGAACUCGCACACGCAACCGCAUUCGAGAUCGUACCCAGGACACCCAAGCACCCUCCAGGACCAGCACCAGGGGACAGACUCGAGCGGGCGCCCCUGGGGAAAGAACUCGCCGCCCCGUCAGUUUGUCCGCCCGCCUCAAGAACAGACGAACGGGCACCGCCACCACCACCACCACCACUACCACCACCACGCAAAGGCCCGCCACGACUGCAUCCACUCGUCAGGAACCAAGCACCAGGCGACGACCAGGCACCAGGCGACGACAAGGCGGCAAGCGGCCCACCACCACCACCAUCCACCCACUGAAAACCCCGCCUCCCCCCACCACCCCCAGCCCUGUCUCCAGUUUCGCUUGUCGUCGUGAGGGCUUCUUCCCGAAUCCCGACGACUGCCACAAGUACUACUGGUGCCUGGACUCUGGCGCUUCUGGGCUCGGCAUUGUGGCCCACACCUUCACUUGCCCCUCUGACCUUGUGUUCAGCAAAACGAUUGACGGCUGUGAUCACCCAACGCGAGCCAAGUGUAGCACCACCAAGAGGAACAGAGGAGGAGCCAGUGCCACCACCCAGGGUCCGUCUACUCCUAUUCCACCACCACGGAGAUCCCUGUUGACUACUCUUACCUCGACGACUACUAUCAGGACGAGGAGGAUUACUACUACGACUACUACUACGAUGAGGAGCCGCCAGCAAAGGAGACUCCAGACACUGCUUCUAGACAAUUCCAAAACUCGGGCGGCAACCAGUUCUCCGAAGACCCGACAACUGCCACCGAGACCCCAGAGACCCAGGACACUGCCACCGGUGCCAGGCUCGGGGGCCGUACCCGCCCCCAGUACAGCUCCAUCACCCGAGACAGACCUCAGACACCCGUGUCCGCCAAUGAGGAUGUCGCCAGUACCGGUCGCCAGGACGUGCGCGGCUCAGGCAACGCCCGGCCGCAGUACACCACCAUCACCAGGGACCGCCCCGCCUCCGCCGCCGAGCCAGAGCAGGCGGCGCAGCCCAGGGAGAGCGACGCGCCCACGGGAGAGCGCCAGUACACUACCAUCGAAAGACAGCGCCCUGCCGCUCAGAACCGCCGUAGAGCAAGACACCGAGCCAAGGCAAGUAGCACCUCCUACAGAAGAACGCCAGUACGCCACCAUCGAAAGACAGCGUCCUACAGCUCUCCCGGUCCAGCAGGAGAGCGAGACGAGGCAGGACGCUCCUCCCACAGGAGAGCGCCAGUACGCCACCAUCGAGAGACAAACCCCGGCCGCUCGUCCUGCCCAGCAGGAGAGCGAGACAAGGCAGGCCGCUCCUCCCACGGGAGAGCGCCAGUACGCCACCAUCGAGAGACAACGCCCGGCUGCUCGUCCUGCCCAGCAGGAGAGCGAGACGAGGCAAACAGCUCCGGUUACCGGAGAGCGGCAGUACAGUACCAUCGAGAGGCAGCCCCCUGCCGCACAGCGCCACCCCACCCAACAGGAGAGCCCGGCAGUGGAAGCUGACCCUGUCACAGGAGACCUCGAAUACGUUGUUAUUGAAAGGGUUCGACCAGCGACGUCCAACAGAGUGACGCCGGCAGCCGAGAGUCUUUUCCCGACGGAACCAACUCUUGAGUACGUGACCAUAACUCGCACCCGGCUCUCUCCCACCGCCACCCUUCCUCUCUCCUCCGUCACUGAGGCCACAGUUAGUGCGGCAGAAGGUCUGGAGGGCAGAGCUCCCUCCACCUCCAGGUACGUCACGAUCCAACGAGAGCGGCCCGCCACCUCCGCCAAGCCCGCCACAGAGGAGCCCUUCGUCCCCGAGGAGCCUGAGGUGACCAGCCCGCCCGUAAGUUCGCCCACCGCCAGCUCCCGGCCGCUGGUGGUGCCUCCACCAACAUCAGCGUCCACAGUAACGCCCUCCUCCACAGACAAUGUUGUGGAGAAUCUGUUGCAUGAUGGUUUGACUCAUUCUCCGGGUACUGCGGCUCCUUCCUCGGCGGGGCUCCCUCAUUCCGGUGCCGAGGCGGAACGCCCCUCGCUGCCCGCCCUGGGGGAGGCAGAGGCGCUGGGCACUGACCAGCCUGACUUAGCUACACUAACACUCUCUGACUUAUACUUAACUCAAUCUCUUGAUGGCGGGACCUUUAAUGACAUUUCGGAGAUCCCCCACCAGCGAGUCUACCGCCGUGAGCCGCGCGACCGCAUCCGUGAGUCGCCAGUUCGCACGCGAGUGUCCUCAUCUCGCAGGAGAGUCUCGGCAGGCCACAGACUCGUCCCUCAGAGGGUUGUCACAGCCGACCAGGCAGAGGCCCUGGCGCACGUGACUCCUGGCACCCUGUUCUCCCUGAUGGACGUGCCGGAGUUCAGGCCGCAGCCGGUGCACACUGUGCCCAGACUAACCCCCAUCAGGGUGUCCCCUGAGGUUGUAGCACCGCUGGACGACAUGGCCACCGAGGAACCGAUAACUGAGCUUGCCACGGAAGCCUCGGACGUUCCUGCCACUGAUACAGUCUUGGAGAAGGCCACUGAGCCGGCAGCGGCUGGCGAUGCCACGGCCGUGCCGAACGAGGAACCCUCGCACCUCGCGGACGCCUCUUCAGUUGCAGGGGUGAUCGGCGAUUUCGCGAUAGAGGACUAUUAUUACUACGACGAUGAUUUCCUGUACGAUGAAACUACACUAGCGGCGACAGACGCUCCCAGGCACGCGAAAAAUGACUUUGUGCGAAACACCAGGACGAAUCAGAGGGGGCGGGGAAAAGAGCUCACGCCCACAGACCACACCGCGCAGCAGGCACUCACGACCCACACCACAGAACACCCGAAACAAAUAACAGAUCAGAUGCAACAACCAUCAACAACGACUACCACUGCCACUACAGCAACAUUAAGACAACACCACUUAACAUCUGACAGCACCACACAGCAGCAAGACUCCACACCUGAACUUGCCACGGAACACCACAACAGAGACCAACAUGCAGCACUUGACCCCACCACACAGCAGGGCUUUACAGAACUAGAUUACUGGGAGGUCGACUACUCCACAGACCAACAUACCACAGAACCACAACAGCAGCUGACAGAACGACACCACAUAGCACCUGUACACAUCACAGAGCCGCGCUUUACACCUGACCCCACCUCAGAGCCGCCCCGCCUGGUCGAGCCACACCACGUUGCGCCGCCCCACCUUAGCGAGCCAGACGAUAUAGUGUCACGCAUAGAGGCACUACUGACCGACAGUGCCUCCCACGAUCUAGGAGCGCGACGUGACCUGUGGGUGCACGGCGGCCAUGUACUUGAUGAAAAUGUAGCACCUCUCGCUGCGCACGCCACGGUAACCGACUUGGUGCAGCCCGCCGCCUCCAUUGCCCACGGUCAAGUCUUCCACAGCAACGUGCUGACUCAUAGCGACUUGCUGUCAAAGGAUAAAUUUGUGUCACACGAUUACCACGACUACGGCACCUACGAUUAUGAUUACUAUGGCACGCAAGACUAUUAUGCUCAGGAUCAUGCGGUACAGACUGGCCAGGACACCGGUGUAGAUCAUGUGGCUCAGACUCAGGCUGAUCAGGUGACCAGUACAGACCAUGUGACACAGGUUGAUCAGGUUACUAGUUCAAACGGGGCGACACUGGAUGGUCAAGUCGCUGAUACAGACCUUGUGACACAGGAUGGUCUAGGAACCAGCACGGAUCGUGUGACGCAGGAUGGCCAGGUCACCAGUACAGAUAUUGUGACAGAGACAGAAUCUGUAAUACAGGAGGAGCAGGUGAGCAGCACAGACUACGUGACAGAGGCAGAUGUGGUGACACAGGACAGCCGCACGGCACAGGUCAGCGAUGCAGCGCCAGACAGCCAAAUGACUGAGCAGGAUUCCGUGACACAGGUUAGCUCUGUGGCAAAUGCAGACUACGAGACAGAAACUGACCGCGUGACCCAGAGUCUCCUUGCAGCCCAAGAUGGCCAAGUGACCAGUGCUGAUUACGUGACAGAGGCAGACGCCACAUCACAGGUUGGUCUUGUAACAGAGACAGAUUUUGUAACAGAGGCGGAUUUGACAGCACAAGUGGGCCACGCAACACUAGAUGGCCAUGCCACCCAGGAUGGUCGAGUGACCCAGGACAGUCCGGUGGAACAAGAAGUCCAGGUUGACCACGUAGCUCUAGAAGUUUCUGUGACUCCAGACAGUCCAGUGGCACAAAAUGAGCAGGUGACUCGGCGUGCACCAGUGAUACCAGAUGCUGAUGUGAUUAAAAAUGUCGAAGCAGCCCUGGCUGGCCUUGCGACUCAGACUGACCACACAGCACAAGACGUCGCUGUGACCCAGAGCAGCCAUGUAGCCCAGAGUGGCCGUGUAGCCCAGAGCAACCGUGUAGCCCAGAGUGGCCGUGUAGCUCAGAGCGGCCGUGUAUCCCAGAGUGGCCGUGUAGCCCAGAGUGGUCGAACAAGCCACGACAGUCAGGCGGGAAGCACAGAUUACGUAGCGCAGGAUGGCCAGCAUGAAGACUACGGGGACUACCUUAGCUACUCCGACUACUACAGCACGGGUGGCCGAGCGGGAGACAGGGAUUACUGGACUUACACAGACUAUGCUGGGCAGGACACUGACUAUGCCUACGACUAUUACAGUAAUCAAGCAACACAGAGUCGGUCCCCUGUACACAGCGGCCACACCGCGCAGAGAGGUCGUACCUCAUCACGCGGACACACCUCUUCACGGGGACGCACAUCAUCACAGGGACACACGAGAUCCCGCGGUCGUACAACGUCGCGUGGUCGUACUACAUCGCGAGGCCGCGUUGCGCAGCCUGCAUUCGUGACGCACCAUGACAGCGCAACACAGAGCGAUUUUGCCGCACACAGUAUUCCAAGGACGAGACAUGACUCAUUUACACACUCUGCUCCCGCAACGAGCCACAGCUCUGCUGUUCACGACACUACAGCAACACGACGUAACUUUGCCGCGCCGCAGUUUGCAACCAGGCAACGUGACUUUGCUCCGCAAGGUCUUUCAGCAACACAGCACAACUCGCCUUCACAGCAUCAGCUAGCAACACAACACGACACUGCUGAACACGAUGUUACAAUACCAGAACGUGACUUCCUCGCUGAAAUUGCUGCUGCGACAGCGUUACAUGUUACGCCAGACGAUGUGUCAGCAGCACCAAACAUUGCCGCACAGAGCCCACCUACACCAAGUAUUGCCACACAGGACGUAGAAACACCAGACUUUGCCACGCAGAAUGUAGCAACACAAGUCGACACUGCUGUACACGAUGUUGCAGACAUUCUUGCAGAAGUUCUUGCAGUAACAGCGUCACAGAGUGUUGCAGCAACAGACAGUAGCUUUGUUGCGGAAGCUGUUACAUCAACAGCGUCACAGGAUGCUGCACAAACAGCGUCACAUGAUGUUGCACAAACAGCACCACAGGAUGUUGCAGCAACAGCACCACAGAAUGUAGCAGCAACUGAGCGUAACUUUGCUGCAGAAGUAAUUGCAGCAACAACGUCAGAGGAUGUUGCAACAACGGAGCGCAGCUUUACUGCAGAAGUUGUUGCAACUAAACAAGAUGCUUCAGCAAAUAAGCACGUCUUUGCUGAACCAGAUGCUGUAGCAACACAACAUGCCUUUACUGUACUAGGUGCCGCAGCAACACAACGUGACUUUGUUGCAGAUAUUGUUACAGCAACAGCUGCACAAGAUACUCUACAAGAAGUUGCAGUAACACAGCGCGACUUUACUGCACAAGAUCUUUCAGCAAAAGGACGUGAUCUCGGUGCACAGGACAUAGUAGUACAACAUGGCACUGCUACAGCAACACAACAUGACUUCCCUGCACAAGCUGGCUUCGCAGCACAGACAGGUAAUCUAGCGGGCGGUGAUUACUACGCACAAUAUGAGUAUGUGACAGACGAUUUCGUGACGGAGAGCGAGUCUGUGGCCCGCGGCGACCAGGCGGCGCGAGGCAGGAGCGUCACGCGGGGCAGAACUUUGUCGCAGUCAAAUGAUGCGUCACCGCAGGACUACCUGGCGACAGAUGGCGACUUUGUUUCUUACGAUUUUGAUUACGUAACACCAGUGGCCGCGGCUCACGGUGGUGACUACCCCACCCCACAGGACUGGGACGUGACAUGGGGCGACUACCAGACAGGUGAUGCUGCGAGACACAGAGACCUGGUGACACAGACCGCUGACGUAGCGCGGACAGACACUUUCCAGACACAGAAAACCACAACUUCUCUCGAUGACAUUGUACACAGUGACCUUCAGACACCUCUCCCGCCCUCCACCCCGGAUGCUCGCUCUUCAUCCCCGCUGCACGGGUCUGAGUUGGGAGUAGCCGAAAUAACCUCACCUGUAUCUGAGACUUCCCUAACCCCAGCGCCGCCUGGCGUGGCCGCUGGUACUGUAGAUCCCUCCCCGGCUAUCAGAUCCAAGGUAGUGGUGGUAGUGGAGGGGACAGACACUCUCCAAAACCCUCUGCAGACUCCUUACGUCCCCAGCGGAUCACUCAGUAGUCUUUCUCCUCCCCUUACUACUUCCUCUCUAACGGUGCAUGGUACUGAGGUCCUUUCUGAAUCUCCGAGGGAUACUUUGCAUGACGAGGGUCUCCGCAGGACGCCCAAGGAGGGCACAGACUCUCCUCUUCCACUAGUGCAUGACUCUCGACCUGGCGCGGCGCCGCAGGUCGCGCAGGGCGGCCGGAGCCUGCAUGGGCAACCCCCCUCCCUGCAUCUUGACAACUUCGCCUUUGAGGAUUACUAUUACUACGAUGAAGAUUUUCUCUACGGCGACCUUAAGUCCCAUGGCCUCGACCCCACAACCGCAUCCUCCUCACCAUCAUUGCCACCACCAUCAACCACCACUUCCACCACACGUGACACUCUCACCACAGCCACCUUCACUACCCGCUCAAGGGUCCCACUGCGUCCCAAGGGUUCUGUUGCAAGGGGUCGAGGCGUGGGGCAGCAUGCGGGCCCUUCUCCUGCCAUUGGCAGCCGCGGCUCCCACUCUGAACUCCAUCACACUCCCGUGCACCUGCAAACUCUGGGUGGCGGGAGGAUGAAGGAGGCAGAGUUUGUUGCCAAGGGGCAACCAGUGGACAGCGAACGGUCCCCCACCCUCGUCCCCACCCCGCAGAGGAGGGUCGUGGUGAGGAAGAGGCUCGGGAACAACGACUCCCCCACUCACGUGGAGGAGGUGACCCGCCCCGUGCCCAGAAUCCGAGUGCCCACUUCCCGGCCCCGCGCCCCCACGCCUCCAGGAAACUUCUUCCGUGCCCGCACCACCACCACCACCCCUGCCACCGAGCAGCCCGACACCCUCCGCCCGGAGUCCCGAGAGCGCCCGACCCGACCCCCUGUCAUCCGAAGACCGGCUCGUCCCGCUGUGGAGGCCGCCAGGACCACACCACCCGAGGAAGAAGUUGCCGUCACUCUUCCUGCCACUGAGAUCCCUGAAGCGGGUCCCUCCGCCCUCCCCGUCCCCGCCGAGGAGGAGCCACUCCCUGUCUUCCCCGAGGAUGUGCUAGAGACCACCUUCGUGCCGGAGACUUCUGAUAAACCUUCCCUGUUUUCUCUCUUCACACUUUCCCCUGACCUGCCUGACCCCACCUCCCCUGCCUUCACCUCCCCCGCCCCCACCACGCCAGCCCCCACCACGCCAGCCUCGACCACGCCCAAGCCCAGGCUUCGCAUAACACCAAGACCCAUACGCCCACGUGUCCGCCCAAGCUUUAAACCGCGACCUACCACACCCCAACCCACCACAUCCGAACCAACUACCCCUUCCCGGCCAUCCCCGCCCCCCACGCUGCCACCCCGGCCCCGCGCUCCUAGACCCACGCUGGCGCCCUUCUCCCGCAUCCCUGAGGCUCCAGCAGCGGGCGGUCCUCCAGCGUCAUCAAUCCUGGACGGCACUGAUUACUAUGACUACUACUACGAUGACCUGGACGGUGUCCUCACAGGCACUCUGGGUGACCUGGCCUCGCUGACGGACAAGGCGGUGCUGCUGCCCGAUGGCUCCGUGCAAUGCUACGACACCGGCUACUUCGUGCAUCCCCACUCGUGCAAGAAGUUCAUUUCGUGCUCCAAGACGGUGCGCGGGCUGGUGCGAGGCUGGGUGUAUACCUGCCCACAGAAUCUCGUGUUUGACCCUGUUGGCGGCAUGUGCAACUGGGCCGAGGCGGUUGACUGUCAGUAAUAAACAAUGACAGCGACGCGGAGUGGCAACAACGGCGCCAGACCACGACACAAGUAACAUCUGCAUAAUGAGGGGAUGCAACAUCAACGGGGACAGCAGACGAAGCAGUCCUCGUUCCGCCACAACACGCACCCCACCCCGCCACGAGACUCACAACAUUGCCCAACACUUUACACACUGUAAGGUCUGCUUGCCUGGAUAUGUUGAAAAUGGUAUUUAACAAUUAAGAUCUGUAAUCUCUCCCAUCUUCUUUAUGUCCAGAAACACUCCCUUACCGAUACUUGACUGUUGAACGUCAUGCAAGAAGGCAACACACCCCGAGGGUGGGUGUGCGUCACGACCUCCCUCGUUCUGGACUACAUCACACAUGUUCAUCCUCACCAUCUGUCAUCGAUGUACUAGCAAAGCCUGACCGUGAGGCGCUCCGGAAUUUUGUUGUUGAUUUGAAUUAUUUCCCACUUUUAGUUAUGUGUGUGUUUAGUUUAGUGUGUGUGUGUGUGUGUGUGUGU